AUGCCAUUGUUGGACGAUGAAGCAAAUAAGAAGUCCAAUUACCUUCUGGCUAGAGCACAACAAUUGCGACAAGACCAAGAAGAUGAAAUAAAACAAUGCAACUCUUUAAUAUUAAGUACCAAGUGCCAUGCCAUCAGAAACGCUCAAAUUGCUGAAAAACAACUUAUUCAGAAAGAAAUGAAGGAAGAAGAACGUAAGAUGGAAGAAAUGAUGGAACGGGAACGAGCGUUGGCUGCUAAAGAGCUCGAAAAGGCAGCGGAAGUCGAGAGGCAAAAAAAAAAAAUCCAAGCAAUUGAGGUUGAGAAGCAAAUAAAAGAGAACGAGAUUGCUAGGGAAAUGGAGUUGGCUAGGAUGGCAGAAGAAGCAAUGAUUCGAGCGGAAGCGGUGAACAAGAUCCGGCACGAUGAGGCUGAAAGCUACAAGGCGAGAAUGAAAAAACAGGCACAACUACGCAAAGAGUACAUGUUACUUAACGCACAGAUAAGAGAUUCGAAAAAGCUGGAAGAAGAGAUGAAUAACAUCGAAGUACUGCAGAUACAAGAAUACACGCGUAAAAAGAACGAACGRGAAAUAGCGUUCGAAAGAGAGCAACAAAAGCAGAAAUUACUAAAGGAAAAAUCUAUAGCCAAGAUACAGGCGAGUCAACAAGCUACGUACGAUUUGCAAGCCACCAAAGACGAGCUAAAUGCGCUCAGAGUCAGAGACCAGGUAGAACGCGAGUGGCGCCGUAAGGAACGAGAAGAGGCCAUAAAAAAAAUCGCGGUUGAAGAAGAAUUAAACGCGAUCAGGCGCAAACAAAUCGAAGACCAAAGAAUAGCAUACGCAUUUGAAAUUCAAAGAGAGAAGGAAGAAACCGAAAAAAUCGCUAAGCUCAACCUCGAAGAUAUCAAAAAGAGUAAGGAAAUGGAUGAAAAAAAUAAAAUGGUGAGUAAUAUUACCGCUGCAAAGGAAACAAAGUGA